AUGCCUUGGUGGGGGAAAUCGGAAGCGCCCAAAGACGCGCAGCCGUCCAGCGCCAACUCCAGCGCCAACUCCAGCGCCAGCUCCAGCACCGAGGUUGACAAGCUACCACCCAGAGAGAAGCUGCCCGCCAAGCUGCAAAAGAUCGUCGACAGGGCCAAUGCAGACAAUAGCAGCUUCUUCGACGAUGUCAAGGAUGGAAAUGGCCCGGAUUCUACGGAGACCAACCUCCGAUAUGCAGCCUACGCAACUCGUCUGCGAACGAUUAUGCUCUCUGCGCAUCGAUAUGUAGCCUACACCUCCGAUAUUGGCGAAUCAUUCCGGCCCGUAGCUCACCCCAAGGUGGUGCGUGCCGCGUACGGGAUCUCGUGGCUAUACCUCAUCGGCGAUGUCAGCCACGAGGGUUACCGCGCAUACAUCCACAAUCAGAGAAUUCUCAACCCUCAGUUAGAGCUUACCGCUCACCAGCAAAAGAUUACCGGGCUUCCCGCAACGGAAACCAAGCAGCUGGCGGCAGGUGUGAUACCGCCGCUUGAGGACUACAGGACAGUCAUGGUGCAGCGAGGCAUCUUCCAAGCCCUCGCCAGUAUGGGGCUGCCAGCCUUCACCAUCCACAGUGUUGUCCGUUACUCUGGGCGGGCGCUGAAGAAUGUCAAGAACGUGACACUGCGCACCUGGACGCCUAUUGGGCUGGGUCUGGCUGUCGUUCCAUUUUUACCGGCCAUGUUUGAUGAGCCUGUAGAGCAUGCUGUCGAAUAUGUCUUUCACAAAGGUUUCGAAGCUGUCGGGGGCAGACAGGCAGUAGGUAAUGCGCCUGUAACAGGAAGAGAAGCUGAGCUUGGAAAGGUCAAGAAAGAAUAA